AUGAUGGACCACUGCAAAAUGAACCGAGACGCACUCAACGAGUUCGUGAUGCUGCCCGUGUCACGGGACAUGAUCAGUCACCUUGCUGCUCAGGCAUCCAAAGUCAUCCGCUGCGAACAACAUGUGACGGCAUCGUCUGUGAGCCAGCAUGGCCAACCGACCCCUCCCAGCACUCCCCCCCUUGACCCGGCCGACAACCUGCCUCCUCUGCCACCGCUCGAGGUCUUCAUCAUGUCCCUGGUGCACCGCUCUCAGGUACAGGUGCCCACCCUCAUGAGUUCUCUGGUCUUCCUGGCCCGUCUCCGUGCUCGCCUGCCUCCCGUGGCCAAGGGCAUGCGCUGCACAGUGCAUCGCAUCUUCCUCGCAUCGCUCAUCCUGGCCGCCAAGAACUUGAAUGACUCCAGUCCCAAGAACAAGCACUGGGCUCGCUACACCGCUGUCAGAGGCUACCCUGGAUUUGGCUUCUCCCUGGCCGAGGUCAACCUGAUGGAGCGCCAACUGCUUUUCCUUCUUGACUGGGACACCCGCGUCAACGAAGAAGAUCUGCUCGAGCACUUCGAGCCCUUCCUAGCUCCUAUCCGCAGGCAGCGCGAGAUUGCCGAGCAGAAGGAAGCCAUGAACUCGCACCAUCAACAUGAGUGGUGGCGUCUGAAUGCCUCUGCCGAGUCGCUCGCUGCACGUCUCCGUCGCCAGAAACAGGAAAUGCGUGGCGAACUCGGCGCUAUCUCGCAAAGACGUUCGCAGCACCUCUCCGUUCAGCCGCAUGCUGUCACCCGCAAUUCUCCGUUGUCAUUAGUCGACGAAGGUGACCGUUACAGCCCGUAUCCCCGCCGACGCGCUUCGCCAUAUCGCAGUGCUAACCGCUCGAUUUCUCCGCCCUCUGUUAAGGAUAUUCCCGGCUUGUCACACACGGAAACUUCUAACUCUUGCGCACCAUCAUCUCGGUCAUCUAGCGUGGCUCCUAGUGUGCGUAGCACGCCCGGUAGCAUCAGCACCUGCUCAUCCUCCGUGGACGAUGUCAUGGUCAUCGAUGGAAGCACCAGCCCAGCCAGCUUGGCCCUUAGUUACAGCUAUGUCAAUGUUCAGGCGAUGAAGUCUCAACCAAAACAACAACCGAUGCUCCAUCAGCCAAACAAGAAGAUCAAGACAUCUGCCAGUUUGGGAGGCUCCGGUGGUGGCUUGAUGGCUAGGUUUUUUGCCUCUGCUGCCGGAGCUUACAUGAACGGUCGCAUGUCGCGCACUGUUGCUUGA